AUGUCAGAGCUUUACCAGAUGUUUUCAGUUUUCUAUAAAUCUGUUACUUUUAAGAUUGUCUUGAAUUGGGUUAAGCUUGUAAAAUGCAUUGUGGAAAAUAUGAUUGUAGAUAUAUCCUUCAAUCAGUUAGGAGGACUUUGUACACUAAGCUUUCUUGAACAGGUUGAUCAAUAUAUUGGCAAAGAUCAUAUUUUCAAACGCAGCAUCAUUCUGAUAAAAGCCUGGUGCUACUAUGAGAGUCGCAUUCUUGGUGCCCAUCAUGGUUUAAUUUCAACGUAUGCUUUGGAAACAUUAGUCCUAUAUAUCUUCCAUCUUUUCCAUUCUUCUCUAGAUGGCCCCUUAACGGUCCUCUACAGAUUUUUGGAUUACUUCAGCAAAUUUGAUUGGGAGAACUAUUGUAUAAGUUUAAAUGGACGAGUUUGCAAAUCCUCCUUGCCUAAUAUUGUGGCUGAAGUACCAGAUAAUGGAGGGGAUGAUGUGCUGCUAAGUGAAGAGUUUAUUCGAAACUGUGUAUACCUGUUCUCUGUUCCAUCACAGAGGUGUGAAACAAACUUACGAGUUUUUCCCUUGAAGCAUCUUAAUAUAAUCGAUCCACUAAAAGAGAACAACAACCUUGGCCGUAGUGUCAAUAGAGGUAGCUUCUAUCGAAUAUGUAGUGCUUUUAAAUAUGGAGCUCGCAAGCUAGGCUGGAUUCUCUCGUUACCAGCAGAGAGAAUAUCAGAUGAACUUAACAAGUUUUUUGCAAACACUUUGGAUAGGCAUGAAAGUAAAUGCCAGACUACUGUGCAGAAUAAUGCCUUGUUGGAGCUUGGUGACGAUUUUGACAGUCAUUGUUUGAACCGGCAAUUUAGUCUGAUUGGCCACAAGUGUGCGACAUCACCUCCUUUAUUGCCCAGUCCUCCUUUGUCACCUCAGCAAUGGAAAGAGAAUCCAUGGGAUGUUACCUGUGAAGCCCUACAGUCCCAGCACAAUAUUAAUUCUCAAACUACUGUAAAUGGUAUUUCUUGGGGAACACAUGCGUAUCACACGAAUGGUUCCAAUUUUUAUGUUCCUCCAUUCAAAGAAGAGAAGAUCAAACCACGAGGAACAGGGACGUACAUCCCCAAUGUGUCUUUUCAGAAUUAUCGUCCCUACAAGGAUAGACACUUGCCUGGAAGGGGAAGGAAAGAGGCAGCUGGAACCUAUGCUCCAUUUCAGAGACACACUUUCAGUUAUGACUUCCCUGCAGCCCCUCCAGACACAAUCUCACCUGGAGAAUGCAACCAUGAGCUCUCAGAAGCUGAUUUCCCGGUUUUAAGUAAUUCAAACUCUGCAACAUCAGAUUACCAUCAACCUCAGCUUUCAGUUUGGGAGCCUUUCCAUGAAAAUGGUUUCUCCAACUCUGCCGACAAACCUGAGUCUAGAUCCUCCUCUCCUCCAUCAUGGGAAGAAGUACCCAUGCCAGAACUGGACAGUUUACAGUUAUCAGGAAUCGAUGAAAAGAGGAUUGAAGAGCAGGAAUUCCAUCUGAAGGAUGAAGAUGAUUUCCCCCCACUCACCCCUCAACUGCAUUUGAAGGAGGGAAUAUGCAUCAGAUAAUGAAGACCCUCGUAAAUGUAGCUGCUAACUCACUAGACUGAGCUUCUCAGAAGAAAUCUUCCUUCAUCCCCACUCUCGUUGGGGUCCUCUUUUGUUGUUGUUUCAUUAAUGUAGAAUACACAGUUUGUACAUUCGGGAGUUGUUUUUCUUGUUCCAUUUCUACACACAAUCUUGUGUGCUUUCCAUGGGGUUGGGUGAAUGUAUAUAGGAGGUGAAGUUUGCCUCCCAUAGUUUGUAUUCCCUCCCAAGGCUUGUAGUUGUUUUGAAACAGUACUGAGAAGGAUUUGUUAGG